AUGGCGGCCUUUGUCUGUUCUUCCCCAAUCCUGCUCUACAAUCCUCCCACGAUUCGUCCACACCAGCGAUCCAGCAUCGUCACGAGAACCCUACGAACCGAUGGCGGCAGUAGCAGCAACGGAUUCAGCGAGGAUCCAGUGAGCGGCAAUAAUCCCAUCUCCACUCGACUGGAAGCGAGAAGGAUCGAUCUGCUGGAGCGAUUCCGGGAUUUGCCGCUCAAAGUGUUCUUGCUGCUGCUGGGAUUCUACUCGGCCAACGCCCUGGCGACGGUGCUGGGGCAAACAGGGGACUGGGACGUGCUGGUGGCCGCGAUCAUCGUGGCUGUGAUCGAAGGCAUUGGAUUUCUCAUGCAUAGGAUGCCGCCCGUGACGGAGAAGCUGCGAUUCCUGGUGAGAAUGCUCAAUUACUGGAAAGCUGGCCUCUCCUUUGGCCUCUUCGUCAAGAAGAGAAAAAACAGAACGAAACAGAGGAAGUUUUUUGGAAGCUAGAACCCUAAAAACAGAGGGGUACUUCCUGGAAUUCGAACCGGUGAC